AUAGUUUUAUUUUUAUAACAAUUAAGUUCAUUGUUAGAAAAGAAGAAAAAUUAAUUUUUUAUUUACUUCUUAUUGAUUUUGAUAAUAAUAUAUAAUUUGUGUAGUGUUAUUAUUUGUAAUAAAGUUUUAAUAGUUAUAUGCCUCCAGCAAUUAAAGCUAUAAAAUGCAUGUAAACAUAGAUCCAAAUUUUGUUGAUAGUAUGGUUAAUGAAGUGAAGUCUCAGGGAUUGUUCGACGCUUUUAGGAGAGACUCAAUGGCAGACGUAGACACAAAGCCAGCUUAUCAAAACCUAAAGCAGAGAGUUGAAAAUACGGUGACUAAAUUUUUAUCGGAGCAAAAGUGGACUCCAGAGUUAAAUAAAAAUCAAAUGCGUGAAAAGCUUCGCAAACACAUUAUUGAAGCCGGUUUUCUGGAUGUUGGUGUUCAACGCAUAGUUGAUCAAGUGGUUAAUCCUAAAAUUUCUACAGUCUUUCAACCAAGAAUUGAAGAUAUUGUGUAUAAAUAUUUAGGAAUUGAUAAACCUGAAUUGAAAUCUGAACCGAAAAACGAAUCAUAUGAUUUACAUGAAAGUUUAACAAUCCAUACAGACUUAUUACCGAAUGACUUAGAAGCAGUUAGUCCUGAUUCCGAUAAAUCAACAGCUAAAUUUGAUACACGGUUAGAAAAAAAUUAUGAAAUUCAAGAAGAACAUGAGGAAGAAGAUGACGAAUCACCACCGUUUGAACCAUUAGAGGGGCGCAGUCCAUCGAAAGUUAAAGAAGAAGAUGCUAACACUUAUUCACAUUUGUCAGGAAUUAGUGGCCUUACAUCUCAGUCAGGAAUACCUAAUGAAUUUAAAAAUGAGAGGAGAGAAGAGAAAAAUGAUUCAAAAGAGGGAUUUGAAAAAAGUGAUCUUCAACCAAAUAGUAUUGGAGAAUACGCUCAAGAAUCUCAACUUUCUCAAGUAUCAAGUAAUAGCAGAUUAUCAAUUGUGUCUGGUGACGAUGAAAGAAAUCAAAAGAAUGGAAAUUAUGUUCAAGAAAGCUCUACUAAUGUUGAUUUAUCAGAAGAAGCUCAAAUGCCGAAGUUUAAUGACAAUUCUAAUUCUUACCAUCCACCUGCCGGAGAAACUUUACAUUUUGACAUAAAAAAAGAUGAAAUUAAAUUUGAAGGAACUGAUAGAAAUAAUGAUAUUUUACCACCUGUGUACCAGAGUGAAAUGCUGGAACGAACUGAUGAGAAAAAUCUAUUAGAUAUUAACCGGCAAAUGAGCUUGACUCAAACGUUGGAAGAAGCUUCUAAUGGUACUUUCAACACGGAAUCUCAAAAUUCGACCUAUUUUGAUGAUGACUCAGAAAGGGGGGUUCUGCAAAUUAUUGAAGAUCCUACCCAAGAUUAUUCCAGGGAACCAUCUCGGCCAUCAUCAAGUAUAUUUCAAAAGCCAGAAACAAAGGAUGAGAAGAAUGAUGAAAAUGUUUAUACAAAUAAACAAGCUUCAGAUGGUCAAGAGUUGCAAGAGAAGAAAUGUGAUAUUCCAGAAAAUAGAUCUAAUUCUGUUUUGAAAAACAACAAUAAUAAUGGAAAAGUUGAACAUUACACUCAAAGCAAAGUAGAAUCUAAUGAAAAGUCAUUGAAAUAUGACGAGAAAGCAAAAUUAUCUAAAUCCUCAAGCUCCAAUAGACAUUCAACUUCAUCAUCAUCACACAAAAGUCAUAAGUCUAAAGAUAGAAAAUCUGAUAGAGAAAAAGACAAAGGAAGAAAAAGUUCAUCUAGUGAUUCAAAGAUAUCUUCAGAAAGUUCUCAAACUAAAAAUCAAGUCAGUAGUCGCCACUCAACACCGCUUUCCUUAAAUUCAUUAAAAGAAGUUAAAGAAAUAAAAUCCAAUGGCAGUACCCAACAUAAAAGUACCUGUAGCAAUAAAUACGCAUCUUCAUCAUCGAUAGGUAAAAAUGAGAAACAGAAAAGCUCCGAAAGAGACCGGAAACGUGAUUACGAACGCUCGCGCGAUGAGAAAUCUUCAAAAUCCGAAAAGCAAAAGCCAAAGGAAUAUGAUGAUCAUUCUUCUGAAAAAAAUAAACGUCAUCACAGAAAGUCUACUGAUUCAAAUGAUGGUGACAAAAAGGGGUAUUUAAGUACUAAAGGACAAAAAUAUUCUAAAACAAUAUCAACUAAAUCGAGUGAAGACACCAAAACUGAUAAUAACGAACUUAAUAAUCAGCAAAAUUCCACUAAUACUUCAGAUAAAAAUGGCGGUGAAGUUCAAAAAGAUAUCAUAUCUUCUUCACCCAAGGCAGUAGAAUUUCCAGUAAAAUCUCCAGUGAAAGAAACAUUAAAAUUUAACAUGUCUAAUCCAAUAAUGAUAGAUAAUUUAAAUAUGGAAAAUAUAGAAUUUAUUAUAGGUUCUAAUGCUACACAUGUUCAAAAGGUUGUGUUGGAUGAAUUAAUAACACAAGUUCCUACCUAUCAAACCGAAAAUAUACAAAGUAAUGAAGUUCGAAAUGAUUUAGGCAUGAAUAAAAGUAACGUAGAAAUGAAUAGUUCAAGUUCCAUACUUCAAAAAAUAACCACAACCGACAUUAUUCUUCCAAUAAAUAAAAACACUUGUGAAAAAAAUCGAUUUGAAUCCUUGAUAUCACCACCUCCUAAGAAACGAAAAUAUGAUAUGAGUUUCAAUAGUUUAUUACAAAAUUCUAAUGCUUAUAUACCUAAUAUAAGGUCGAGUGAUGAUGAUAGUGAAAUAAACCUUUUUGGCUUCGAUAUACAGGAAGAACAAGAAAAUUACAAUAAAAUAAUCAAGAAUUAUGAAGAAUUUUAUGUUAAUUGUUUUGAAAAUAAUUAUAAAAGAGAAAGUAACCAGUCAAAUGAAAACAUCCAUAAGUUAAGUACUAACAAUUCUUUAAUAGAACCAAAUUUGCUUCAGAGCACAGUUAACACAGGUCUAAAACCUUCUACCAAUAAUAAUACAACGUCACAACUUUGUCAUGAAGAGUUUGAGCUAAAAGUGAUUCCGUUAUCAUCUGCCGAUGUUUUAAAUAGCAAAAUUUCUCCAUCAUUGUCAGAUUCAAGUAUUGGUUCAAAAGAAAAUGAAUUUUCAGAAAAGAAUAAUAAUAAAAAAAACAGAGGUGCUGAUAUUAAAAAAAAUGAAAAAAAAUCUAAUUUACAAACGCUCCUAGCUUCACAAAGGUACACAUGUGACGAUUUAUAUAAACCACGCUUAAGCUUAAGUCAAAGAUCUAGAAGACGUGCUGUUGACAAUGAAAUUUAAUAACAUUUUGUAUUAGUGAAAUACAUGUUGGAAAUAAAUGUUAAUUUAAUAUAUUUGGAUUAUUGAUCUGAAUAAAUAA